AUGGUCCCGCGCCCUAACUCCUACACUUGGUGUCAGAUCUCUGUGACGACCAAAUUCUACUACUCGCUUAGGCACCGUGUGACAGACAACUCCCUCCGCCUAUUUCUCUUCUCACUGUAUCCCCGGUUGCCUAAGCCGCAGCGAGGGCCGUUUGCACGCCAAGGCCAGUUGCCGUCAUCCGGUCACCACGGUCGCCAUCCACCUUGUGAGUCCCGUUUUCCCCUUCUCGCCUCUCCACGCACUCGCCUCUCCGGGCACUCGCCUCUCCGCGCCCUCAUCUCUCCGCGCCCUCAUCUCUCCGCGCCCUCAUCUCUCCGCGCCCUCAUCUCUCCGCGCCCUCAUCUCUCCGCGCCCUCAUCUCUCCGCGCCCUCAUCUCUCCGCGCCCUCAUCUCUCCGCGCGCUCAUCUCUCCGCGCCCUCAUCUCUCCGCGCCCUCAUCUCUCCGCGCUCUCGCCUCAUCGCCCGGCCCUGCUUGCAUCCCUUUCCCCCCUACCCCGAUUCUCACACCGCCUCUCCUCAUACCUGCUCCUACCUUCCCGCCUUUUCUUCCUCGUUCCUGCUCUACCUUUUCCUCCCUCCCAUGCGCCGAGCAUUCUCGCCCUCCCUCCCUCUCCCUGCCCCCCGACAACACUCCCUCCAUCCGUGCCCCGCAGCUCUUCCCUGCCUGCCCCCUCUGUGGGACCGCCCCAUGCCUUCCUCCUGCCACGCUUCUCGGAUGCUUUUUCGUCCCGCCCCUCUCCACCUGCUCCUCUCCACCCGCCCAUCCCUGCAGGCCUGUUCUUCCCCCUCCUGCCUUCCCUCCCUUCUUCCCUUCCCCCUCCGCUCUGCUCCUCCCCCUCACCCCCCCCACUCCUCUCCCCUUCGGUUCUCCCUUCACCUGUCCGUGUCAUGAUGCCACCUGUCCGUGCCAUGGUGUGCCACGUGUCAGGCAUGCAGCCUCAGGCAGAAGGACCCAAGUACGCCCAUCCGCAGGUGGUCUUCUUCACCUGCUUCUUCAAGGCAGCCGCAUUAGGGUUUUACCUUCUGGGAAGCUGGUUCACGAGCAGCUUUGUGAUCGACUUCGUGGUGUGCGUGCUGCUCAUCGCGCUCGACUUCUGGGUGGUGAAGAACGUGAGCGGGCGCAUCCUCGUGGGGCUGCGCUGGUGGAACGAGACGGACGAGAGCGGCGAGACUCUCUGGCACUUUGAGUCGCUCGACCAGGCCUCAUUGGACCAGCUGAGCAAGACGGACGCAUGGGUCUUCUGGUGGACACUCUACUGCACGCCAGGGCUGUGGCUGGGGCUGGGGCUCAUCCAGGUCAUCCGUCUCAGCUUUGACUAUCUCCUCAUCAUCAUCGUGGCUCUCGUGCUCGGCGCCGCCAACAUCUACGGCUACACCAAGUGCCGCCGAGAUGCCAAGAAGCAGAUCCAACAGUUUGCAGCACAGACCAUGGCACAGAAUUUCGCCUCCACGCUCACCUCCGCCCUCGCAGUCUGA